AUGAUCCGGCGCCGGUACUGCGACAUGUGUACUGCGACAUGUGUACUGCGACAUGUGUACUGCUACAUGUGUACUGCGACAUGUGUACUGCGACAUGUGUACUGCGACAUGUGUACUGCUACAUGUGUACUGCGACACGUGUACUGCGACAUGUGUACUGCGACAUGUGUACUGCGACAUGUGUACUGCUACAUGUGUACUGCGACAUGUGUACUGCGACAUGUGUACUGCGACAUGUGUACUGCUACAUGUGUACUGCGACACGUGUACUGCGACAUGUGUACUGCGACAUGUGUACUGCGACAUGUGUACUGCGGCAUGUGUACUGCGACAUGUGUACUGCUACAUGUGUACUGCGACAUGUGUACUGCUACAUGUGUACUGCGACAUGUGUACUGCGACAUGUGUACUGCUACAUGUGUACUGCGACAUGUGUACUGCGACAUGUGUACUGCUACAUGUGUACUGCGACACGUGUACUGCGACAUGUGUACUGCGACAUGUGUACUGCGACAUGUGUACUGCGACAUGUGUACUGCUACAUGUGUACUGCGACAUGUGUACUGCUACAUGUGUACUGCGACAUGUGUACUGCGACAUGUGUACUGCGACAUGUGUACUGCUACAUGUGUACUGCGACAUGUGUACUGCGACAUGUGUACUGCGACAUGUGUACUGCUACAUGUGUACUGCGACACGUGUACUGCGACAUGUGUACUGCGACAUGUGUACUGCGACAUGUGUACUGCUACAUGUGUACUGCGACAUGUGUACUGCUACAUGUGUACUGCGACAUGUGUACUGCGACAUGUGUACUGCUACAUGUGUACUGCGACACGUGUACUGCGACACGUGUACUGCGACACGUGUACUGCUACAUGUGUACUGCGACAUGUGUACUGCUACAUGUGUACUGCGACAUGUGUACUGCUACAUGUGUACUGCGACAUGUGUACUGCUACAUGUGUACUGCGACAUGUGUACUGCGGUCACACAUAUAUUUAA